AUGUUGGCGCGCGUGCUCAGGGCGGGGUGGGGGCGCGCGGGCGGGCGCGCGAGCCUGACCCGGCCGAGGGCCGGACGCUCGGCCGCAGAUACAUGUUUUCUUACUCAACACAAGUCAACCACUGACUGGAAAAAGAAACUGACUCCAGAGCAAUACUGUGUUACCAGAGGAAAAGGAACAGAGCCGCCUUUCAGUGGGAUCCAUCUGAAUAACACAGAACGAGGAAUGUACCACUGUUUGUGCUGUGAUAUGCCCCUGUUCAGUUCAGAGAAGAAGUUCUGUUCUGGCACUGGGUGGCCUUCGUUCCUGGAGGCCCACGGGACUCAGGGCACCGAUGAGAGCCAGACUGGCAUCCUGAGAAGGCCCGACCACAGCCUGGGCCUAGCUCGCACCGAGGUUGUCUGCAAAAGGUGCGAGGCCCACCUGGGCCACGUGUUUGACGACGGUCCCCCGCCGACUGGACAACGGUUCUGUAUCAACAGCGUCGCGCUGACCUUUAAGCCGAGUUAGAGGCAGGCCAACUCGAGCUCUCUGGACGCACCACCCCACCCUGGCCUGCAAGGAAUGCUUCUUCCCGAAAGGCACUGGAUUGAAAGGCUUGCAUGUGGAAAUUUGAAGCUAAAUCACUGUUAGAGUAUUUUCACCAGCCGCUCACUCCCUUUCUUUAGUUCUGAACCUUUAAGGAUGUUUAAUCUUUACCCAGAAUAUCAGUCAUUUCAUCUAAACAUUUUAUGAGUUGUUUGCUUCAGUGCUGUCAGUUCCAGCAAGCAGGUUUAUAGGUGGUCUUCAGUUAACAGGUAGUUGUAAAGGGUCAAGACACAGGAAAAUGAAUUUUGAAUUGCCCUCAUGGAGUAAACAAUCUGCAUUAUUUGGCUGUAAAUGGAAAAGAUUUGGGAAAAAUAAAUAUAUAUGUAAAUCUCUUUUGAA